GUGAGUGAAGCUCGCUCAGCACGCAUCACAUGACGUGCUCUCGUGCGUACCGAGGGGUUGGGAUAUGAUCACUCGGAUACAGGACAGCUUUGUUCCGAACGUUCGCAGUACACCUAGCGGAGGUCCUACGUCCUGCUGCUGUACGAACUUGUGGCACGAAUAAUGGAGCAUGUAUUUUUUCUGAUCGUCGCCGCUGAACCACCACCUCUCUUGGACACGGUUGAAGUACGACGUCCCGCCUUUGGCCGUCUCUCACUGCACCGUCACUGAAGGGCUUCGUCAGAUUAACUUCAGCCCCACCUCAGGAUUACGGGGCACGAGGUAGAGACUUCGACCAUGGAUUCCAGUUACCGGAAAGAGGGGAGCGUGGUCGCGAACAACCUUGGGAUGCGCAGGAGCUGCUGUGAAUGCGGGCGAAAGAAGAGGAAGUGCGACGGGAUGGCGCCUUGCAGCCGGUGCCUAAGAUCUGGGGUUCAAUGCACUUACAGCAAGCGGAAGCCGCACCAGCCUCAGACUCAGCACCAGCACCAGCGCCGUCCACGUGGUCCUGCUUGCAUGCCGUCAACGGAGUUGCUGCGCCACUCGUCAUCGGGCGCACUCCAGGCCAGCGGCAUGCUGCCUUUGAAGAGGUUCAGGUUGAGUGCAUCUCCGGCGACUGGUCUCGUGGGCAUGCAGGAGAACGCGUUUCUGAGUGACUUUUUCGGCUGCGUUGGCUUCUUGCCACUCACCACCCCAAGUCACAUCCGCGGAGAAAUGGUGAGGAUGAUGACCCUCUCCACUGCCCCGCACCAGCUGGGCGCUUCGUACGACUCGCCCGAGCAAUGCCAGUUUGACGCCAUCCUCACCGAGGACGGUAUCACCACGGGAAGUCAGCUUUCGACAGGCCCCUCGGCUUGCACAUUUUGGUGUGCAGUUGGUGUUGGAGCACUUGUGAACGGCAGCCCUGUUGAAUUGGUGGGGAACUACUCCGGACUUGCGAGAGAUGCACUCAAUGCCUACACUGGUCCUGUGAAUGCCGAGGUGGCAAAGGCGUGGGCGAUCCUGGGAUACUUUUAUGGCUUCAUGGGAGACACGACGACGUUUCAAGAGUACUUGGGGCUUUCGGACUCCUUUUUGACUGAUUCCAUUGAGCGAGGGUCAACUGAUAUCCUUCCUGCCGGAUUCGCCGAGAUCAUCCGUCACAAGCAGACCGUCAAGGUGUACGCGGGAAAUCUCGACGCUGCGUACAUCGACUUUUUGGGCGCCCGACGUCGAGAUCCUCCGCAGGCCAACCCAGCCGCAACCGAGCUGGAUGUAUUUCGAUAUGUUACCCAGUCGCAUACCGCGUUCGAGCAACUUGUGUUCGAGAAAGUGUGCGAGAACAGUGCGACCAUCAGGCCUUUGAGCGAUGACGAGCCUUGCGAGGACGACGGAGGCUGUGGUAGCCCCCACGGCAACCCCCCCCAGGCGGAAGAGGUGUCCGAUGCUAUGGUGACGGGGCUCAGAGAUGGCCUUAUCGACUUCGAACACCUGCAAGAAGCAGUCGAUCGAUCAAAUAUUCGCCAGGGCAUUGGCGGCCUCCUCAUUAACAUGAACCUGGCACUUCAAAAAGCAGGGAAAGGCGACGCGGGUGGAGCCUUGGAGAGGUUACGGCAUUGCGUCGAAGUAUUUGAGCGGUACCCUGGCGUGUGCCGCUGCAUGAUGCUAUGGUGCCACGUUUCACACUCUAUCCUGGGAGCUCUCGCAGCGAUUAACGAUUCCAGAGCUCGAGAACUGUACGACCGGUUGCGGAAUGUCUACAAUCCGUCGCGUUCCUCUGACUCUCUGCCAGCGCCACCUUUGGAAGAGUGGCGUGGGAUGUCUGCAUUCUGCGAUGACUUCCAGUGCAGGUGCUUUGAGGGUAUCAUUGCGAGUCAAGCCCUGAGCGUUUUCUCCACUCCGACCCUCUGCGCUAGCAAUUGUGCCGGCUCACAAGGGGCGCAGUGCAAGGAGGACUAUCUGCAGGCUGCUGAUGAGCAACAUCAUACUAGCAUCGUGCCAGCGGGUGUCAUUCUCGAAAACGCCACCGGCACGAUGAUGGAUGCCCCUUGCAGCAACGGAGACAAACCAAUGUCAUCUACUAGCUCGUGGGAACUGAACCAAAAGCCUGCACCACAAAUGAGCCCACCUGUCGGACCGAGCUUGUCUACUUCACAUGUCCACUGCUGUGAGCCGGACAGGGGUGCGGUCGAGGGGUGUGGCGGUGGAGGGGUUUCCGGCGUGGUGGCCCCAGUUCCCGAAAUGUCCUUGAGAUGGCCAGAGUUGAGACAGGUAGAUGGUGUCUCAGAGGAGACAGGGGAUGAUACAAUUGUCACUGCAGACUGGCUAGAUGUUACUCAUGCUAUGUUGGGAGAAAUAGACCAAUGAAUCCGGCGCUUUGAAUCCGGCUCUGUAAUGGUUACGGUUUGAGGUCAGGUUGUCUUUACUGAAUCUGUGUGCGAAGAUGCAUUCCUACGCCCACAAUUUCACUAAGCCCCGUUGGUGUAAGUGAGAGCGUACACAUCAGGGCUUUUGUUUGUCGUCUGAUGCUACAAGGGUAGCCGUCCCUGGCGAUGGCUUUUUCCGAACCAGCCGUGUCAUGCAGCUCUUUGCGAGAAGCGGUCAGUCCGACUUGGGACCAAAAGAGUGUGUGCAGGUUAUUUCAGGAAUGUGCAAACGUUGUUCUCAUGAAAAGGUUCAUCUGUGAUAAAAGCACUUCAUCAUGGUUGUUUCUGAAGAAUCU